AUGGGCUUCACAGCUGCUGCUUCUUGGGCUCAGGCCUACAACGAGGCCAAAGCAGUUUCCGUGUCUUUGCCUUCACAUUCACGCCUAGUAGAUUCACAGCCUCCCCCAUCUGUUUUUCCAAUUUGGGGUUCUAUCCUUGAUGAUAUCUGGGCUAUUGAGGAAUGCGAUUCUACUGAUGAUCCCCCUGGAGUAGCUCACAGGUGGAUGCAAGAUAUGGCACAUGCGUGGAAAGAGGAUGGUGUUGUAGAACAUGAGAAAAAGGCAGUCACUGGUGUUUACAAAGAGGAAGUGCAGGGUGUCCUGGUUGAGGGAUCUCGAGGUUGGUUGGGUGUCAGCCGUGAAAAGCGAGCCCAGCUAUUCCAGGCUGGAAUGUAUCUCUUGGCACAGCGGAGACCUUUGGUGGGAGAGGUGGACCGUUGGCUGGGGAAGCUGUCCUUUGCUUUGUCAUUUAGACCUUGUGCAAGAUCCAUUCUUCAGGACAUUUAUGUUUGGUUAGGGAGACACCGAGGCAUUUGCAAGAGAGCUGAACUAUGGCCAUCAGUUAGGGCAGAAAUUGUCAUGUCGUUGCUUUUCAUUCCUUUCAUGCAAUCUGAUUUGCGGUCUUCUUGGUGUCGCAGAGUCGAAGCUAGUGAUGCGGCUCCGGGAGGCCAUGGACGCGCGUGGACUCAGAUGAGUGAGCCAAUGGUCGCAGAGGCGGCCAGGUUGUGCUCACACAAGGGGGUAUAUACCAACUUGGAAUCUGAAUUUGGGAUUAUUUUGAACGACAAGGGGGAAUGUCCCAUGCAACAAGUUUCUUUGCCAUUGCAUCAGUACAAGUGGUCUACAGCUGCGCGUCAGGGUGGCUACAAACACAUCACAAUUGAGGAAGCAAUUGCUUUGAAUUGGUCCCUGCACGACAGGCUCAAACGACCAUCUGAGCUGGGCCAGCGAGUGCUUCACCUGGUGGAUUCAGCGGUUGCAGCUGGGGCCUAUAAGAAGGGGCGAUCUGCAUCUACGCUGUUGCAGGCACAGGGGAUGAAAACCAUUUGCUUCGAUCAGUGCCGCUUCGGGGCCAACGCUCGUAAGCCCACCCAAAUGUUGAUCAGCCAAUCUGACUUGGUUGGGCGUCUGGGAGGCGUCAUGAACAAUGGCGGGCUACCUUUGCGGCUGCAGCAUUUCCUUUUGAGCAUCCUACAAAACAAGUCUCUUCGGCUUUACCAAAAUGCUCUUGGUCAUUUCAAGGAUGAACUUGAUGCAAGAUCUGUGUCUUGGGCAGCUUUAAGUGAAGAUGACAAAGAUAUCUUCUUAGCAGAAUAUUUCAUAGAUCUCAAAGAAGCUGGAGCAAAACGACAAGGAUGCCAAGUGUUGUGUGCCGCUCUGCACAAAAUCUUCCCUAGACACCGGUAUGCUAUAGCACGGCGAGUUUUGGAAGUCUGGAAAGCAGAAGAACCAGUCCGUCAAGCCCCAGCAUGUCCUAGUGAGAUUGCCUUUGCCAUGGUAGGUGCUGCGCUAGCUUUGCAUUUAGGUGGUGCAAGCACAUUGCUGCACCAAGGCAUGCCUCUUGCUGACAUAGCAGUUCACGGCCGUUGGGCUUCUGAGUCCUCAUGCAGAGAAUAUUUGAGACGCGGUGAGCUAUUUAUGGUGCGUUUUCAGUCUGCGAUUCAGCCUUCAGCUUGGUUCAAUAUUCAGUAUUUGGCACAACGCGAGAGGGCUGGUCUUAUUUCGCGGCAGGAGGCUGGCUUUCCUGCAGGGAAGCAGGUUCCAAUGAAUCCUUGGCUGGACAACCGAUAUCCAUGCAGCUAUAAGGCUCAGGGAGCCCAGGACGUGGGCGGGUUAGGGAACUAG